AUGGCCAUGGGUACGUUAACCAUGAACGUGGCGCAGUUAGCCGAAGCGGUGUAUCUGGGCAUGUUAGGCACGGAAGCGCUGGCCGCCAUGGGUUUUGCCUUUCCCCUGACGAUUACCCUGUUUGCCUUCGCCGGCGGCAUUGGCAGCGGUGCAUCAUCUGUUAUCGCACGCGCCAUGGGUGCUGGUGAACGCGCGCAGGCCUCCAUUCUGGUCACUCAUGCGCAGAUUUUGUCCGUGGUGGUUGGUGUUGUCCUGGCGGUCGUUGGCUACGUUUACGCCUACCAGAUAGUGUCUGCUCUGGGCGCUCAGGAUUUAGUCCUGGAGCUGACCGUCGCCUAUCUGCAGGUCUACAUGAUUGGUGUGCCGUUCUUUCUAUUGUCGAUCGUAGGUUCAACUUUGCUGCGCGCAACCGGCAGUGCAGCCAGCCCAGGCAUUGUCAUGACGGUGGGUUCAGUAAUUCAAAUUGCGCUCGGUCCAGUAUUGAUCUUCGGUUGGUUUGGUUUGCCGGAACUCGGCAUUGCCGGUGCGGCCUGGGCAUACGUUAUCUCUCGCAUCUCCAGUGUUGCUUUAUACGCAGUACUCCUGGCCAAAGCGGAACUCAUGACAUGGCAGCUUAAAGGGAUUGGACAAUCCUGGAUGGCUAUCAUGCACGUUGGCGCACCGGCGAUUGCCAGCGGUCUGGUGAUGCCAAUUUCUAUGCUGGUGAUUACCCGUUUACUGGCUAAUCACGGGCACGAAGUGGUUGCAGCUUAUAACGUCGCCUCACGAGUAGAAACCAUCGCACAUAUGAUUCUGUGGUCGUGCUCGUCUUCUGCUGAGCCCUUUAUUGGGCAGAAUUGGGGUGCCCGGCAGUAUGACCGUGUACGCCGCGCGCUCUUUCUGUGCCACUCGUUUUGUCUCGCCUGGGGUGCAGCCACCUUCUUCUUUAUGAUUGCUUUUGGCGCUGCCCUGGUGAGCCUGAUCGACGACAACCCCCAGGUGGUGGCAACGGCUGAGACAUUUUUUCUGAUCAUUCCGCUGAGUAUCGGUUUCAUGGGCAUGAUGCAGGUGAUGGAGCAGGUGAAAUGGCUGGAUGAAAUUGGCGCCGACCUUGUCUGGUUCACCGAGCAUCACUUUGUAGAAGACGGCUACCUACCCAGUUGGGUGCCAGUCGCCGGCGCGAUGUCUGCCGUGACCAAAAACGUCCGCUUUGGCACCGAUAUUUGCCUGGCGCCAUUUAAUCAUCCCGUGCGCCUUGCCGAAGAUCUCGCAGUGCUGGACAAUCUUUCCGGCGGACGCGUUGAACUGGGUUUGGGUAUGGGCUAUGCGCCUCACGAAUUUCGAGGCUUCGGCUUUCCCGUCAGCCGCCGCGUUUCGCUGAUGAACGAAUCAAUCGAAAUCCUGCAACAGUGUUUCAGCGGCGAAAAAUUCAGCUUUAACGGCAAACGGUAUCAGCUGCAAGACGUACAGAUUACCCCUGGCUAUGUGCAAGAAGGUGGCCCGGCUUUAUGGGUUGCGGCUAUGUCAGAAGCAGGCGCACUGCGCGCUGCUAACUACAACACCAAUUUUUUACCCCAGGGGCUCAAAGCAAAGUCUUUUGACCCCUGGGUUUCCGAAGUCCAGGCAUUGGGACGUCAACCUUCUGACCAUAGAGUCGGUAUCAUUCGCAGCAUUCUCGUUACAGAAGACAAAGACAGCGACUGGCAGGUCGUUCGUGCUGCAGAGCGCUACCGAAUGGCCUUGUAUCAGAAAUUUUUUGCCGAGAGCGGUGAAGGUUUCGGCGACAAAGGUGAACCGGUGCCACAAACCUGGAUUGUUGGCGACGUUGAUCACUGUGUUCAGGAGAUCCUUUCAUUCAUCGAGAAGUUUGGUAUCACUGAUAUUGUAUCCAUGGCAGUCCCGCCAGGAUUGCGUACCGAGCAAAUGGCCACAAGCCUGGAAAAACUUUUCACCCAGGUAUCCCCACGGGUCAAAGCAGCGCUGUCGCAGGGUUUUGCGUGA